AUGGCUAACAACGUGACCGCUACAAAAGAGGCUACCAAGCAUACAUUCACCUACAGUUUCUUUCGUGAGGAUAUGACACAUCUGAUUCAGUUGAGCACUUUAGUUACUGGGCAUAACUUGGAUGAGUUCAGGAAGACAUAUGGCCAUAUCUUACACUUGUUAACUUCUCGGGUUGAUGAGUGGGCUCUAUACACACUUCUUCAGUUCUACGAUCCUGAGUUACGAUGUUUCACCUUUCUUGAUUACCAACUGGCACCAACCCUUGAAGAAUAUGCUGACAUCCUCAAGAUUAAGGUUCAACAUAGGAUCCCUUUUGUUUGUGUACCUGAGAAACCGAAAAUGGACCGAAUUGCUGGUGCUCUUCAUUUGAGCAUGAAAGAUGUUACAGAUAACUGGAAGCCUAAUGGUGGAACCCACGGAUUCCAUGUGAAAUUUCUGAUAAAGAAGGCCGACACCCUUGCUGUUGAGAAGAAAUGGAAAGAAUUCAACGCUCUCCUAGCCGUUAUGAUCUAUGGUUUGGUGUUGUUCCCGAAUAUUCCGAAUUUCGUCGAUCUAACUGCUGUUUGUCUCUUCAUGGAUCAAAAUCCUGUGCCCACUCUUUUAGCAGAUACUUAUUAUACCAUCCACUCCAGGUAUGGGAAGAAAGGAUCAGUUGGGGGUUGUUUACCGUUGCUAUAUGAGUGGUUCACUUCACACUUGCCUAAAAAUGGGCCGUUUGUUACAACGAAAGACUCACAAAAAUGGCCUCAAAGGAUCAUGGGGCUUACUGGAAACGACAUUGUCUGGUGUCCUACCGGAAUGGACGUAGAGGAAGUUAUAACUAGUUGUGGUACUUUUGACAAUGUUCCCCUCAUAGGAACGAAAGGAACCGAUCCAAAGGGUCUAGAAAAGGUGAGGAGUGCCUGGAAUAGCAUCCAUACAGAUGAUCAGACUUCUCUAGGUGAAAAGAAUGCCGUUGCCAAACAAGCCUACACGGAUUGGGUUGAGGAUAGAGUUAAAGAUCGUCUGUUGCCUUUCCCGAAGGUUAAUCCAUUGUACGAGCAACCACCUAAGGUUCCAAUUGCCAUUAUGCCUGCUGAGAAUUGCAUCCCAGUAAAUAUGGAAAGCACCCAAUUGCACGAAAAGAAGUCAGAUAUAUUUGAAAAAAGCUAA